GCGCCCUUCAAUGGCGGACGACGAGCUCUUUGAGGCCGUGCCGGCCCUCGCUGGCCUUCCACAGAACUCUGGCGGGGCGGGGCUUGAAUCCGAGCACUUCAAUCACACGCCCCUUGAAGACCGAAAGGUGGGCGUGCCGCCGGGAUGGGCCUCCCAGGUGAAGGUGGUGGCGUUGAGCGUCUUCACCGCGGGCAUCGGCUGGGCCAUGUUCUCCUUCAUGGCGAACAUGAGCAUCGGCCAGCUGGAGCUGGGGCACCCGCGCAACGCCGGGACCGAGGCGGUGCAGUGCUUCCUCCCGACCAGGGAGACAGACCGGCACCUGCGGAAGCUGCUGCUGCGCCUGAGGCAUCGAGAGAGAACUCCGGAGCUGGAGUGCCACGUGAAGAACAUGGUGAACAAAACCUGCAGCGACGUAGAAGUGCCAGUGGCCAGCAUCAACGGCCACAUGGUGCCCAUGGCCGGCGGCGUUGACUGGCUCCGCUGGUGGGCCAAAGUCUUCCUGGUGCUGUCGCUGCUUCUCCUGCUGGGCAUCACCACCCAUGACUUGGCCAUGCUCAGCCUGGUGAAGCAAGAGGAGAUCAUGGACUUUCGCAGCCUCCGCUGGCAAUUCCCGGUGAUCCGACGAUCCUUUGCGCUGCUUGCCGGGGUCAAAGUCAUCCGCCAGCUCCUGCAGAAGAGCGGCCUGGGGCGCUGGGCGCAGCUGCUCUCGCGCCUAGGCAUGCCCUUCCUGGUGGUUUGGAAUCUCUGCCUGGCUGUCUUCGUGCUGAGCCCACUUUGCGUGGCCUUGUUUCUACUGCACCCCAUCCGCCUCUCCCGGGCGGCCGUUUUCGUGCAGAGCCUCGUGUGCUCCGUCUACAGCCUGUGCUUCCUGGUGCAGAUCACCGUGUGGUUGCUACAUCGGCACUGGCGGCCCUGGUAUGCCCUCACCUGGUCCCACGCGGGCGUCAUCUCAGAUCGCAAGGUGGACUGCCUUUGCGGAUGCGAGUACUCCGUGAGCAACCACGCCCUUUUCCAGCUGAUGAUGAUCGCCGUCACCUCACUCGCCAAGUCGCUGAUGGUGGCCAUGCGUUGCGUGAAAGGGCUGCGUCGCUCGCAGUGGGCCAACCUGAUCACUGUGCUCUUCAGCGUGCCCAUCAACGCGUACCCGGUGACCUGGGCCUCCUUGGACGCGGAGCCCCCCGAGGGAUGCGACGAGACGGAGACCCAGGGGGAGCGCGCCUUCGACCCCUUCGUACUCAUGGACGAGCAGAUCAAUAGCAAGAACCUGCGCUUGGAGCUUGCGGCCAUCCAAUGGCAAGGGACGCCCCGGGGAGGCGACGUCACCCCUCGGGAGGCCGACGCCAUUGGCUGCUGCGGGUUUCCCUACGCACGGCGGCGAAGACCCAAGCGGUGGAGUCUGUCCUUUGCAGUUGCCCUGAACUUCAAAGCUACCAUGGCGCCAGACCUCGAAGAGGAGGAUCUGCGGACUCAGGUGGAAGGCUUCCUGUCACAGCUACCGCCCAAGGAUGCCCGCCAGGUCCUGGACCGGCUGCGGCGGCGCCUGGCGGCCGGGGAGCCCCUCAGCGCCCGCAAGGUGGCAGACCACGUGGACGAGUCCUGCGAGUUCCUGGCCGAGCUUCUUGCCUUUUGCCGCAAUGAUGAGGUGGUAGCUGAGGUAUUGCACCGUGUCGGGGAGGAGGAGGCAGAGGAGGAGCAGCUUCUGGGCCGUUUCCUGGACUCCCGCCGGCGCCGGCGCCUGGAGCCGGUGCGCACGCUGGGCCCAUGGGAGGAGCACUUCGCAGGCGGUCGCAGGUACUUCUACAACAACGACACGCAGAAAACCCAGUGGCACGUGCCCAAUGACUGGCCGGCGCAGGUUGAUGCUGCAAGCGCGGAGCACCAUAGCAGGCGAGACUUCGAGAUCACUCUGGUGGAUGCCAAGGAGUUUAUGGAGUUCACGCCGGGCAUCCUCCGUGCUUUUGUGCGGCCUUCGCAUUUCGAGUCGCUCAGCUUCUGCCUAGAGCCGGUGAUGACCAAGAUGGCCGUGACCUUCCUGGCAGGUGAGGUGAAGAAGCUCGAGUUUGAGAAUGGCCAGGUGGUUGCCCAGAUCCGUCCACUGGAUCCCAGAAAAGCAGAGGGCGAUAUGCUCACGCCUCAACAUGAGCACGGAACCGCACGGGAGCCUUUCAAGUAG